AAAUAAAAUGUCAACUAAAUAGCCUAUGGACGUGGUAACCACUUCAUAAAUUUCAUUUCAAAACAAUAUAGUUAACAAGUCACAUACAUAAAGAGAGACACACACCUUUACUUAAUCUUCAAAUUCUCUUAGCUUGUGAAUUAAGAAGAAAGUGAUUCUUUUUCUUCAAUUCUUCAAUUCAACAUUAAUUGCUUCAUUCUAAAACAAAUGGGUUGGCAACAAAAAUCCAAAGAGUUCUUCUUCAACUAUGUUAUUACUAUCUACACCCCCAGAGCAAUCUUCCACCUCCUCACCAUCUCAAUCCUCACUCUUCUCCUCCCUCUUUCUUUUCUUCUCUUAUCUAGUCUCUCUGGUGCUAAAUUCCAUCUUGAAAUUCAUCCACAACAACAGCCUUUACCCUAUCUUUUCUCUUUUGCUAUAUACACCUCCCCAUGUAUUCUCUAUGUUCUUGUUUCCAUUGUAAGUGUAGCUACUUUGAUAAAUGGCCUAAUGGGAAAAAUUACCCUUUUGAAUGAUUCAUCGAACUCUGCAAUUCUGAAAACUCGUCUUUACAUAUCAUGGAAAUGGAUUCUUCUCUGUGUUUUUCAAAUUUGUGUUGGUUUGGGAAUUGAAGCAAGCAUUGCAGCCGGAGUUUUCGACUCUGACAACGAUGUUUUCGAUGAAGUUGUUGUUGAGAGAACCUUCUUAAGCAGAAUGAUAUUUCUGUUGGGGUUACACGAAACGACACAAAUUUGGUCGAGAGUUGUUGUGAGACCGGUGGUGGAUGACACUGUUUUUGGUAAUGGAAAAAGAGAGAGACUAUGGGUUGAGAAAGUGGUUGUUGCGGGUUGUUUAGGAACAUUGUGGUGGUGGAAGUUGAGAGAGGAGAUUGAGAAUUUGGGUGUUAUGGGUGAAACACAAAAAGAACAGGAAUUGAUGGAUGCUGUUGGGGUUGAGGAAUUUGUUGGGUGGUGGUUGUAUUAUUUGACUGUUACAAUUGGAAUGGUGAGAAUUGUGAAAGGUGUUAUGUGGAUUUUCAUGGUUUGUUUGUGUAGAAGAAGGGUAAUAGAGGUUUCUGAGGUGGAAUUGGAACAGAAUCAGAAUGAUGAGAAGGUUUAAAUUUGAACAGUUUUGGAUAAAUUUGAUUGUUUUUGGUUUACUCUACUUUGAUUCUAUAUGGUUAAGGAUGUUGCAAUGUUGUUGUAUAUGUUGGCAGGAUUGUAAUAAACCUGUAGCCAUUAUUGUAUUCAUGAUGAUAAUAAGAAUAAUGUAUUAUUGGAUAUUGUUCAACUUGUGGAUAAUCACUUUUUAAAAAUGGAUUAUUGAUCUUCUUUUUCUUUAUUCAUGGAAGUUCUAAUGUGGGCUUGUUGAUGA